UUCUCUGUUCGGGUUCAGGGUUCCGCCUCUGUCGGUCUUUCCUCUACCCGAGACAGAGAAAAAUCUACAAUUUAACCACUUGAAUAUCACAUUUAGACAUAGCAAAUUAGUUCUACACACAGUAAACGAUGGCAGGACGGUUACCGGCGUGUGUGGUUGAUUGUGGCACGGGAUACACAAAGCUCGGAUAUGCCGGCAACACAGAGCCCCAGUUUAUCGUUCCAUCUUGUAUCGCCAUCAAGGAGUCGGCGAAGGUGGGCGACCAGGCGCAGAGGAGGAUGAUGAAGGGGGUGGACGACCUGGACUUCUUCAUCGGAGACGAGGCCAUCGACAAACCCACAUAUGCUACCAAGUGGCCUAUCCGCCAUGGCAUCGUGGAGGACUGGGACUUGAUGGAGCGCUUCAUGGAGCAGGUCAUCUUCAAGUAUCUGCGGGCGGAACCUGAGGACCAUUACUUCCUGCUGACGGAGCCUCCUCUCAACACUCCAGAGAACCGAGAGUACACGGCUGAGAUCAUGUUUGAGUCCUUCAACAUUCCCGGCCUCUACAUCGCUGUACAGGCUGUGCUGGCACUGGCAGCCUCCUGGACCUCUCGGCAGGUGGGCGAGAGGACACUGACAGGAACAGUCAUCGACAGUGGAGACGGAGUCACCCACGUCAUCCCCGUGGCGGAGGGCUACGUGAUUGGCAGUUGUAUUAAGCACAUCCCCAUCGCAGGACGUGACAUCACCUACUUCACCCAGCAGCUGCUGAGGGAGAGGGAGGUGGGCAUCCCCCCAGAGCAGUCGCUCGAGACCGCCAAGGCUGUUAAGGAGCGUUUCUGCUACGUGUGCCCCGACCUGGUGAAAGAGUUCAACAAGUACGACACGGACGGCUCCAAGUGGAUCAAGCAGUACACCGGCAUCAACGCCAUCAGCAAAAAGGAGUUCAUGAUCGACGUGGGCUACGAACGCUUCCUGGGGCCCGAGAUCUUUUUCCACCCUGAGUUUGCCAAUCCCGACUUCACCCAGCCCAUCUCUGAGGUGGUGGAUGAGGUGAUCCAGAACUGCCCCAUUGAUGUCAGACGCCCGCUCUACAAGAACAUCGUUCUCUCAGGAGGCUCCACCAUGUUCCGCGACUUUGGCCGCCGUCUGCAGAGGGACCUGAAGAGAACCGUGGACGCCCGGCUGAAGAUGAGCGAGGAGCUGAGCGGCGGGAAACUAAAGCCUAAGCCCAUCGAUGUCCAGGUCAUCACCCACCACAUGCAGAGAUACGCCGUGUGGUUCGGAGGCUCCAUGCUGGCUUCCACUCCUGAGUUCUACCAAGUGUGUCACACCAAAAAAGACUAUGAGGAGAUCGGCCCCAGCAUCUGCCGCCACAACCCCGUCUUCGGGGUCAUGUCCUAAACCGCCACCAAGCCAAACCGGGUCCCUCGCUCCCCCCCGCCCUCCUGCCGUACUCACACAUACACGCACACACACACACACAUGCGCGCACGCGCACACACACACACACAUACAUGCACGCAAGCACACACACAUACAAAUACACAGGGUCCUAAAUUAACACCAGCCAACCAGCCAAAUGCUGGUGAAAUUUAAGUUUGGCUGGUAGAAAACACCCUCGUACUAGCCACUUUGACACAUUAAUGAGUGUGUGUUUGGCUAGUGAGAUUAACUUUUACCAGCCAUUUUGGCUAGUGACGAAAAAAGUUAAUUUAGGGCCCUGCAAAUACAUAUACACACAUACCCAGCCUUCCUGUCUGUCUGCCAGGGGGGAGCAACGCUCUGUGCUGCAGUUACCUCUCCAUACCACCAGGGGUCUCCACUGCACUGGAGGCUACUGACAGCAAGCAGACGAGUAAGGAAGGACGGAAGCACAGGCAAGACCACCAACAUCCCCAUCUGCAAAGAUGACCUACCACAGACACCACCCAAGCAACCAACAACAAUGCCGACUAGUAACCCCCUCUCUUCUCUCCAGAACAAGCCAAUCAGAUAGCUUCACUCGACAACCACCUCUUUUUAAACGAACACUCAAACAAACAAAUAAACAAUAGUUUCCGCAAAGACAUCAGGUUGCAUCGCCAAAACCAUGACUCCAAACUCGUCUGCUUCUUCCCCUGUGAAUACGGGGCGACCAAUUCUCGACGGUUGUGAUGAUGAUGAUGAUGAUAACGAUGACAAUUUAUGAAUAAUGAUACUGAUGAUAAUUAUAUAUAGUCAUAAAGUAAUGAAUAAUGCCCAAUGUGUUUUUUUUUUCCUUUCAUUUUUUUUGUUCUGUUGAUGAAUCGAAAUAUCGCUUAUAAGUACGAGGUGUAAGUGUCAUUUUUGUCAUGGGUCAGUUUUGAAUGCACUUCUCUCUGUGUACCAGGGAAGAGAAGUUUCUUUUUUAUAUAUAUAUGCAAAGAGGAAAAAAUAAAAUAAUAAAUAAAUGAAUAAAUAAAAGAAUAAAAUAAGUAAAGUAAAGUGGAAAAAAGUGAGACAAAAGCCUUGAAACAUCAUUCCAUGUUGUGACCUCGGCUAUUCCAAACUUGUACGCUGAAAAAAAAGUGACCCGGCGCCCCUGCAUUGCAUUUUUAAUAACGGUCACGCUUCGAGCUGUUUACUUCUUCAUAUAGGGGUUCCUUUCUUUUCUAUCUGUCUUUUCCCUUUGUUUUUCAUUUUGUUUUUUGGGUUUUUCUUUCUGUUUUUUUGUUGGUUUUCUGAAAUAACUUGCAUCACGAGCACUUAUGCUGUGCCGAAGAUGUCUACGAGAAAGAAAUUUGAUAUUGAUUAAGGAAAAAAAAAUAAUGCUAUUAAAAAAAAUGACUGUUGGACCAGUAUUAUAAAGUCUUGGACGUCAUCCGUGUGUGUGACCAAGUUACCAAAUUUGAUGGAUCAAAAAAAUAAAUGCCUGUGAACAUUCCAAUAAAGGCAUACACUUCUUUCUA